AUGGCCCAUAUACAAUUCGUUGAUGAAUUAGUUCGAGAAUAUCUACUUUACCGAGGAUUUACAUCAACAGUGAAAGCGUUUGACAAUGAUUUGAAGGCUGAUAAAGACAAAGGUUUUAGAGUUGAUAAAAUAGUUGAACAAAUUGUGCAUUAUAUUAAUGUUUCCGACCUGAACGGAUUUAAAGACUAUUGGUCACACCUUGACACCCUUGUUUUCUCAAAAUUGGAGAUUCAUGUUCAACCUGCUGUUCGCAAGCUGGAAUACAGUCUGUAUAAGUUAUACUUAGUGACAGCAGCACAAAGUACUGGUGGAGCACGGAAUGAAAGGAUCACAGACUUCUUAUCUAAAAUGUUACCUGAACUGCAAGGACAAAAUGAAUGGAGAGACUGGUUCAUGUUGCCAUUUAUCCAGAAACCGGAAGAGAAUCCGUCAUUCAGCCUCUAUUUUACAAGAGCAUGGCAGGACAGUGUGCUAGUGUCACUCCACAAUCUGCUGGCCACUGUAUUCCAGUGCAUGCCACAGCCCACUCUGACCAGCUAUGAAAGUGAUGCAGCCAUGGUGAAGAGACUUCAGGAUAAACUAGCUGCUGUGUCAGGAAAGAGUCAACCACAACAAACGGAGAAGACGUCGCCUAUUGGUCACCAAUCUCGACUGUCUCAAUACUCAGAGAGACUCAGUGGCCCACUACCCUUGGUAGAUGACUUCUGUGCAGUGCCUUCCGAGCAACUUGAGAGCGGAGUGCGCGAAGCUAAGGGCCUCCGAGGCACCUGCUUGAAUAUGGCGCACGCAUUUUACUCGGAUGCGGCGAAAAGGUCAGAACGCCGAAAUAGAAAAUGGUACAUGGAUAACUUGUUGAAUGUCCUGCAAGCAGCCAAAGAAAACCAAGUCAGAGAGAUCGAUGCGUCUAUUGUGCUAGCCGAGGAACUUAUGCGGGUAUUGAACGAGCCUCUAUCGCCGCCGCCAGUAGUACCCUUGCGAAACGUGGUACCUACUAAAAUAGACGCCGUUAUGUACCCGAUAGAAGAAAAUGUCCUCGACAUAUUGCGGAAAAGUACUGAAAAAGGAUUUCUUUACCGCGUAGCCACGAGUUGGGAUUACGGCUGGCAGCAGAAGCAGGCGAAGGUGAAGGCGCGCGACGUUAACUUUGGCCGUAGUUUUAUAUUGAAGCAUACGUUCUAUCGGAAGAACAACUUGACACCCGACCCACCGCAUUAUGCCCAGCCCAGUGGAGGACAGACCUCGAUCUGCAGCGAGUACUCUUGUAACUUCAGCUAA